CCCGAACUCUAUUAUAUUUGGUAAAAGUGAAGUCAUAAUUGGGUUUCCAAAGUCUUUUCUGUAAUUAUGGAACACAGAGUUUUCUCUGGUCAUCUUCUUCAUCCCAUAUAAACCCUUCUUUCUGACCACUUCUUCUGACUAUUCUUAAAUCUCUCCUUUUCUUUCUGUUAAAUUAAAUCACCUUCUGCUCUUUUAUAGUUUUGGGUAUUAGGAUGAUAGCCAAACAGCACCAUUCUUCCCAUUUUCCUUCCCCUUCCUGUUUCCGGCCGAGUAACUCCGCCGCCUCCGGCGGCGGGGGGAGUCGGUCAUCGAAGGUGGCGCCGCCGAUUCCGGCAGCUCCCACGCUUGCUACCUCCCUUUACCACACUGAUUUGGGCAUCAUUGCCGUCACAUGGUCCCGCAGCAUGCUGGGUCGGUCCUUCCACCUCCAUUUCUCUCUCGACGACGCCGCGGAGGAAGAUGACGGGGUCAGUACGCCGGCGGUUGCUUCUCUCUCCGCCACUCCGUCCUUCCACCUUCACAUCAAGCCCUUCGUCUUCUGGAAAAAGCAGGGAUCUAAACGGGUUCAAAUCAGCUGCGGCGGAAAAAUCAGGAACGGGCACAUAUUCUGGGAUCUUUCGAGAGCCAAGUUCGGAUCCGGGCCUGAGCCCAGAUCCGGAUUCUUCAUCGCCGUCGUCAUCGACGGCGAAAUCGUCCUCCUCGUCGGAGAUUCACACAAAGAAGCGUAUUCAAAAACCCGGGCCCGAAUCCCCGGUGAAGGGGCCGGCCCGGGUCAAACCAUGGUUCUGAAGAGAGAACACGUCUACGGCAGCAAACUGUACGUCACGGAGGCCACCAUCGGCGGGAAACACCGUAACAUUUGCAUCGAGUGCCGGAUCUCCGGCGACGACCCGAGACUGUAUUUCUACGUGGAAAACAAAAGGGUCCUUCAAAUCAAGCAUUUAAAGUGGAAAUUCAGGGGGAACGAGAGAAUCGUCAUCGACGGAUUCCCGAUCCACAUCUCCUGGGACGUCCACAACUGGUUGUUCGAGGACGACGACGACGGCUACGCUCUGUUCAUGUUCAAAUUCGAGAACGAAGACGACGGCGGCGAUCAUUCACGCGCCGGGAAAGCGGUGAAAAGCUGCGGAUUCGGGUUCGAGACGAAGAUGAUGAAGAAGGGGUUGUUGAGGACGGCGAGAAGUUCGUCGUCGACUUCGCUGUCGUCGGCGUCGUCCAGCUGUAGUUCGGUGAUAGAGUGGGCCAGCACGGAAGAGAACGAGCUGAAGGGCCCCACUGGAUUCUCUUUACUGGUGUACGCUUGGAAAAGUUAAAUUAUUUGUGUUUAUCGAAAAAAAUUCAAAAAUCAAUUCUUUUUUGCUUUAAAAUUUCAGUCUUGAUUUACGAGUAAACGAAAAUCAAAAGUGACCCAUUCUUUGCAAAUUCAAUGGAAUUUAAAAAUAUUAAUGAUAUGGAUCAGGUUU